UUUUUUUUCGAAGAAAAUCUUUUAACUGUAGUUUCAUUUUUUUCUGUUAUUCUUCUCCUCUCUCACAACAAUGGCCACCGGAGUUAACAGAAAAAUUUCUGCAGCAUCAGCUCGUUCUCACACCAGAAGGGCCAAAAAAUCUACUUCUUUUCAGCUUCCUUCAGGAAUUCUUAGAACAACAUUAGCAGUGUUGUUUAUUGGGGUUCUAGCAUGGGCUUAUCAAGUUACGCAAGCUCCUCCUCCCAAAGUAUGCGGCUCUCCUGAUGGACCACCUAUAACAGCACCAAGAAUCAAACUAAGAGAUGGAAGGCAUUUGGCAUACAAAGAGCAUGGUGUUUCUAAAGAUGUUGCAAAGUAUAAAAUCAUCUUUGUCCAUGGUAUCAGCACUUGCAGGCAUGACGCUGUGGUUGCCAACACCCUAUCACCCGAUGUUGUUAAGGAAUUAGGGGUCUACAUUGUAUCCUUUGAUAGACCUGGUUAUGGAGAAAGUGAUCCCGAUCCAAAUCGUACGUUAAAGAGCAUUGCCUUAGAUAUAGAAGAGCUUGCGGAUCAAUUGGGAUUGGGGUCCAAAUUCUAUGUCAUUGGUUUUUCCAUGGGUGGACAAAUUGUUUGGAACUGCCUUAAGCACAUACCUCACAGGCUGGCAGGUGCAGCGCUCUUAGCUCCAGUCGUCAACUACUGGUGGCCUGAUCUUCCUGCAAACUUAACGGCCGAAGCCUAUUCCCAAAUGAAAUUGCAUGACCAAUGGGCGCUUCGUGUUGCUCACUACACGCCAUGGUUAACCUACUGGUGGAACACUCAAAGAUGGUUCCCAAAUUUUAGUGUGAUUACUGGUGGUCCAGACAUCCUUUCGAAACAAGACAAAGAGCUUGUAACUAAGUUGAUGAAAAAUAGAGAGAAUUAUGUGAAGCAGAUAAGACAACAAGGUGAAUAUGAAAGCCUCCACCGUGAUUUAAAUAUUGGAUUUGGAAGAUGGGAAUAUACACCUUUGGAUCUUCAAAAUCCAUUUCCAAACAAUGAAGGUUCUGUUCAUCUUUGGCAUGGAGAUGAAGAUAUUAUGGUUCCUGUCACACUACAACGAUACAUCGCGCAAAACCUUCCGUGGAUUCACUACCAUGAACUUCCAGGUUCUGGCCACCUCUUCCCUAAUGCUGAUGGUGUGAGUGAGACUAUCAUCAAGUCACUUUUAGGUGUGAAGUAGGCUUUUGUAUCGGUCACCGGCUAUCUGGUGUUAGCGUCGGCAUUUAUCAUCUUUGUUUGAGAGCAAUGUGGGCUGUAGGAUGAUUAAAUAUACACAAUGUUCUUUUGUUUUAAAAUUUAACAGAAGCUGGGAUGUUGUUUUUGAGAUGUAUUUGGUGAUAGUCAUCAUCAGCAAUUAGAUAUUAUCCACCUAGAUGAACAUGCACUUUGUGAAACAGAUGAAAGCUGAUAACUUUUACGAAAUGAAUGCAUUUGAUGGAGUAUUGUUAGUCUA